UUAGAAAAAUAAUGCCUGGUGAAUACUUUCAAUAACUUUUCUCGAGGGCGGGGAGUUAUCUAUCCAUUUAGUUCUCACGUCCUUUCUCCGGGUCCGCUUAGUAGCAGAAGCGAUAUUCUUUACAGGAAAGGAGGGAGAUCUACCGAGGAUUUGCCGGUCAGUGUGAUUCCCAGCCCGCACAGUUUGAAGUACGGACAAUGUGGGGUUUAGUUCUCCUACUCCACGGAGUAUCAGCUAUGUCGGAUCCACUUCUCUCCGAGGAAACCAAAACCAGGAGAACCCUCUCCAGGUUCAAGAUAGACAAUCCAGACAACAAGAUCUGCUGGGAGAGGCAUGGAGUUGAUGGUUUUAUUAGUGUUAUCGAUACUCACAACCACUUCAGACCUUUUGGCGGCCCUCCCGUUCCUUUCUUUGAAUACCUUCAGUGGAUGAUAGAUCAUGGUCUACUCUUCUCAACCAUGUUUGGUAUUGGACAGCUACUGGAGAAGAGGAACCAGGAUGAUCCUGAUUGUUGUUAUUAUCUUCACUGCCCAACCCUGAACUACACUGUGGUUCCAAACCCGGAGAAUGAUCGGUUAAAUGCAGAGGAUUUUACUAAAAAAUAUAAGGGUAACAGUAGUUUAGAGGAUACUAUACAUCUCCUAUUGUCUGUAACCUUCCCCAACCUGCAGAAACCAGAGAAAAUAUCUAAAAACUUUAACGAGCUCGAGCACACCUUCCCAAACGCGUUUCGGUGGGCCGGGGAGAUAAACGUGUUCAAGCACGCCCUGGCCAGCAACGGGUUCUUCGACCAGGAGAGGGUUACGGAGAAGAUGAUAGAGGCAGGACGAUUGGAUAAACUAUUCAAUACUCUCUCAGAUAAGAAGUGGCCGACCACGCUCCAUUCAGACCUGGGCUGCGAUAACUAUGACGAUGUGCCGGUCAACAUUGAUCCAAGAAAUAGUCUUUCAGGCUGCGAGAUACCAACAGAGGAGUUAAGAGCAGCUUCACAAAACCAUGGUUGGUGGAAGGAUAUGUUGGAAGUUUAUUAUCAUUCAUUCUUCGAUAAACAAAACAAACCCAGAACGACCUUCUCCAAGGUUCAGCAUCUCAAGGUUUGGGACACCCUGCUCUCCAGGUAUAAAAACUUAACAGUGGUUUGGGCUCAUCUUGGAUUAUCGAAAGAACUGCGUGAUCUUCAUCCCAAUAUUCACGCGCAUAUUCUCCGUAAACUCUUCCAACGUCAUGACAACCUACAUGCGGACGUAUCCUGGGACGUUCUCGCCAAGCAGAACCUUAUGAACCACGACGGUAGCAAGAAGGUCUCCGACCUCCACACAGAUACACACACAGACUUUAACGAGGACGUGGAGUUCCUCUUCAACAGCUCUGAUGUAGAUCAGAUCAGAGAGGAUCUUCACCAGACCUGGAUGGUUCAUGAAGGUUUGGUGCGGAGCAAGGGAUCAGUGACUGGUCCAACUCAUUCUAUGGCGAUAUACCUGGAACUGUUCCAUGAGUAUCCGGAUAGAUUCCUCACAGGAACAGACUUUGUAGCCUCCCUGGGUCAAAAGCAUCUGUAUCCUGGAACCAUGAACAAGAACGGAUGCAUGAAGGAUAUUCCCAACCAUGCUCGUCAGCUCACGGAUACAAGUUCGAUCAACAUGUUUUUCGAUGACGAAACCUUCAGGAAAAUAGUUCUUGGAGAGAAUUUCUUCCGAAUAACUCAGCUGUCGGAUAUCUACGCUGCUCCACCUGUAUGCGGAGACUCGGUACUCCCUCUGGAGGCAGUGAUCGGUAUCGGAGUUGGAGUAGGAGUUCUAGUUCUGGUUCUUCUCCUGGUCCUUAUCUAUGUACUGUGCGCCAGGGGCAGGGAUGGAGGAACCAACUUCUCCAGAGUAAACGAGAACCAGAACGCUGCCACUACAAAUGUUUAAACUAAGUUCAACGCUGGCUUUCAUUAUCAACACGUGUCUAAUUCGGCUUUCAGUACACGUGUCAGUACACGUUUCAGCACACGUUUUUCCGACCAUCUUUUACCAGGAUAUAUUAUAUAAAUAUUAUAUAUAUAAGUAUCACAUACUUUUAAACAUACUUUUGAUAGACAUCUAUGCUUGAACACUCUUUAAAUAUUUUAUCUCUAGUCAAUAUAAAGUAUUUCUCGGUUAUGUUUUAGACCAAUUUACAUGUACAUUGUACAUAAUGAGAUCUUCUACUGUGGAGUUUGCAGUACAGUUUGUAGUUUGUAAAAUGUACAAUGUAUAUACAUAAUUCAAGAGAAUCGACAACAAAAAUUCAAUUAUCAUUGAAAAUAUAUCAGUAGAUUUAAAUCAACUUCAUCUAUGAGAAUUUAAAAUUUUAAACAUGUUGUAUUGCAAUUCAAAUUUUUAACACAGGAAAGCAUGAAAACGACGUGGUGUUGUUGUGAAAAAUUGGACGUCAUUUGUCUCUCGAUUCUUUAUUAGAAAUAGACCAUUUACAACUCUUCUUAGCACUUUCUCAGAUUUAAAUAGACUUUUUACCCCUCUUCAUCCUUAGGUUAAAAUGUUUCUGUAUUUUGUCAUACAUGGAGUAACUUAAACGCCGUAAUUUCACAUGCUAAUUCAUCCAAGGAAACCGCACUGUGUUUUGUUACUUUAGGAUCUUAAUAUAAGUCUCGUUAAUGGACAGAGAAAAUAUAACAACCAAAAAUAUAACAACCAAAAAUAUAACCACCAAAAAUAUAACAACCAAAAAUAUAACAACCAAAAAUAUAACAACCAAAAAUAGAACACCCAAAAAUAUAAGAACCAAAAAUAUAAGAACCAAAAAUAUAAGAACCAAAAAUAUAACG